UAGCAGCGAGACCCGUUAUAAUCACCUGGAAGAGUGCGUCCUUGCUGCAGCGAAUCGUGUCUGGAGAUUCUGAGCUUAUCGCACCUCUGUCACUCGUUAUCUCUUCUAGAGAUCGUGCCCACUUUCUGUGCCUCGAGAGCGGGUUAUAUACGAUGCCUUAAGAGAUUUAUCGGAUUCCGACGUGAGUGACAGUCUCCCCCUUUGAUCAUUGCGCUCUCGCUUAUCCAGAUGGCAAAUCGCGGCUUUGGAUGGAGAGGUUGCUCUCCGGCUCGUUUUUGCCGAGCGGUGACAUCUCGUUAAAGUUUUGAAGAUCAGCACAUGUCAUCUUCGUGAAGACACAUGGAGCCCUGAAACGCAUACAGACAAGAAGUGUCUGCCUUCAGAUUCAUCAGCACUGAAAAUGACGCCCAUGUGUGAAGUCAGCGGCUCCAUCCUGCUGCUGCUCUGGCUGUGGGCAGGGGGCGGUGCUGGACAGGUGGACGGCUGCCCGGCCCGGUGUAGCUGCUUCCGGGAGCCGCGGCUCACCAUGGCCUGCCAGCAGCGGGGGCUCACCAGCGUGCCCUCACCGGCCGAGAUCCCGGGCCACGUCCAGCGCAUCUUCCUGCAGAUCAACAAGCUGACCGAGAUCCGCUCCACCGCCUUCAGCCUUUGCCGCAACCUGACCGUGCUGUGGCUCUACUCCAACAGCCUGCGGCACAUCGAGGCGGGCGGCUUCGCCGGCCUGGAGCGCCUGGAAGAGCUGGACCUGGGCGACAACGCCGAGCUGCGCAGCAUCAGCUCCACGGCCUUCGCCGGCCUGGCGCGGCUCCAAACGCUGCGGCUGCACCGCUGCGGCCUGUCGGAGCUGCCGUACGGCGUGUUCAUGGGGCUGUCCUCGCUCCAGCGCCUGUACCUGGAGGACAACAACCUGGUGUCCAUACACGACAACGCCUUCCUGGACCUGGCCAACUUGGCCGUGCUGCACCUGCACAACAACCGCAUCGCGGCGGUGACGGACCACAUGUUCCGCGGCCUGCUGACCCUGGACAGCCUGCUGCUGCACCAGAACCGGGUCGGCGCCGUGCACCGGCGGGCCUUCCACGACAUGCGGCGCCUCAACAGCCUCUUCCUGUUCCACAACAACCUGACGGCGCUGAGCGGCGAGGCCAUGGAGCCGCUGGUGUCGCUGAGCUACCUGCGCCUCAACGCCAACCCGUGGAUCUGCGACUGCCGCGCCCAGUCGCUGUGGGACUGGCUCAAGAGCUACAAGGGGGCCAGCUCCGAGCUGGAGUGCCACGCCCCCGAGCACCUCCACAAGAAAGACCUGAAACGGUUAAAGAGCAGCGAGUUGCAGGGCUGCUACGACAGCCAUCGACACGCGUGGACCAGCUUGGUGAACGGCAGGAGUAGCCAUUACAGGAAAGACGUUAGCGCCACGGACGCCCCGUCGUCGGGGUCGGGGUCGGCCGUUCCCAGAUGCUGCCUCACAAACACGGACUCCAAGUCCUCCAUCCUCUCCGACAAGGGGCUGACGGACCACUCCUCCUCCGACAGCCAACAGAUCACCAAGAACCCCCUGAAGGAGAAGGAAAACAUUUCCAAAACCAAGGGGGCAGAAUCGGGUGUCUCAAAGAAUGGCACUCUCACAGCGAGUGCAGUCUCUUCUGCAUCCAAUGGUUUAGUGCUGUGA